AUGGCUUCUUCGGCUACAGCUUUGUCUGGUCUCAGGCAUAGAAUUGAUGCUUUGGUGUCAUCCUACGAGGAUUUCAUUGGCGUUAAAGCAGUUAAAGAAGCUCAUGCUGGUGUAAUGAUGUGGGAAGAAAAGCUAAGUCAGGCACAGCUAGCUAGACGGAAUAAACAAGCAGAGAUCAAGAGUGUACAAUCUCGCUUAAAGGAAAUCCAUGCUGAGCUUGAUAGAACAAGUAGAAGCGAGGAUAAGUAUCUUCAUUUAUUAACUGAAGAGCACGCUGCAAUUAAAAAAGAACGUAUUUUAUUAGAGGAUUUUGAAGGCCUAGAAGCUGCUGAACGGGAAGCUUUCUAUCAGCUGUCGAACAGAGUACGGGCAUCACACGAAAGAGAACGAGAACAAGCGGAGAAAACGAAGUGGUGGUCAGUCAGUGCUUCGCUAAUUGGUGCAUUAAUAGGUAUUGCUGGGGCAUCUAUAGGAAACGAAUUGCGUAUGCGGCGACUGCGUGAAAUGCUACCUGUAGGUGGUGCUCAAAUGAGUGAAUUGACUCGGCUUAUUGGAGAACAGAAUACGAAGGUCACAGGUUUUAUAGCGGAGAUGCGUGAUAUCCUGAGAUUGCACUCCAUUUCUGAAGAGCCUUCACAUAAGUUGCAUUUUGAAAAUGUUAGUGCUGAGAAGGCUGUAGCUGCAAUCCGUGAAGAAAACGCUAAACUUUCUGCUCAAAUGAGUGAACUGACAAGGUUAGCACGUCUCGAAUCCAGCCUCAGUGUUGAUCCGAAUGCUGUGGUCUAUGUUGGCAGCGACAUGGAACGACUUCUGGAUCAAACAGAGAAGAAUCUCGAAUCCAGGAUGAAGCUCCAGACUCUGCUAUCAGUAGUUGCUCUAUACGCUGCAGUAGCAUUUACAAUACCCUUAAUAUUCGCCAUAUAUAGAGGAGGAUAA